AUGUGGAGCGACCAGACGGCCCGGAAUGUGGCCUAUUUCGCCGCGUUCUCGAGUGCGGCCGCGUUGACCAUGUUGCUGGUCACAGUGCCGUAUUUGUUCAUGAUGACCGGCCAAUUGGAGCAGGAGAUUAUGGAACGGUCCGGCGGGUUCAAAGUCAGUUUUUUGGGGACGUUUUUGGCCUGGAGUAGGCUUACAGGGGAAGUACCCCAAGUGCGACGCUCAGAUUUUGAUGAAACUUGGCACAAAUUUAGAAUAAUUUUUCCUAAGACAUGCGAGAAUGCUAGCUCGCGCUUUGCAGAAACAACCGAGAUUUUUAGAUCGAAAGUGGGCCAAAAUUUAGGACUUUUUGCCGAAUUUCGGCACCAAAAGUUUCAUGCCUAUUUCUACCGUAAAGGAUAAUGUUUCUACAAAAAAUCAAAAUUUUCCGCACGAAACUGCCAAAGUUAUGGCCAAAAAGCGCUUUUCUCUCUGACCGCUCUCCACGUUUAGCCUGCUCUCUCGGCGGCAAAAAUCGUCCGAUAUCUCGGCGGCGCCCGCAAAGCGCGAGCUAAAACUUUCAGGAAUUGAUAUUUAGUCCAUACCCGACGUUUGGGAUACUUCCCUUGCUAGUUAGUAGAAAUAAUAAGAUCGAGGAAAAUCUGAGCGUCGCACUUGGAAACCUUUCUUCCUUAAUUUAUGCCAAAUUUUACUAUGGUAGGAGGUUUAUACCCUUGAAUUUUUUCCCCAAAAAUAUCAAAAUAAAAACCAAUUUGCCCUAUUACAUAUAAUUAAUCCUUACUAUAAAAAAAUCUAAAAAAAUUUUCAGCUCCGAACCGACAGAAUCUGGACCGAGCUCAUGAUGAUCACCAUGAAUUCCCCGACUCAAAACACAAUCUUCUUCAGCCGUCGGCCGAGAGAUUCGUUUUGGGACAAGCGUUUGUGCCAAGGCUGUCACUCUCUGGGCUGUCCGGUUGGUCCCACUGGACCAGCUGGAACUCCAGGAGACGAUGGAGUGCCUGGAACGCCCGGAAUGCCCGGGGAAGCUGGAAAUGACGGAUUCGAUAUUCAACUGGAGAAUGAGCCAGAACUUCCGUGUGUGAUCUGCCCUGGAGGCCCACCUGGACAGAGGUAAGGAGUUUGGAAGUGAUGAAAAUUUGCAUUGAGAAAAAUUUUGCACUGUGUAAAAAUUUUUUUUUGAUUUUCCGCACUGUGCAAAACUUUUUAUUUCCCGCACUGUGCAAUUUUUUUUUUCCGCACGGUGCAAAAUUUUUUUUUCAUUUUCCGCACUGUGCAAAAUUUUUUUACCUUCCGCACUGUGCAAAAAUUUUUCAUUUUCCGCACUGUGCAAAAAAUGUUUACCUUCCGCACUGUGCAAAACUGUGACAAAACUUUGCAACAUGCAAAAAAAACUUUCUGAAAAUUUUAGGAAACUAAAAUCUAUUUUUUGGUACCUUAUGAAAUAUGUGCUACAAGAAAAUUUUCCCCAAACUACCCCAUUUCCAUUGUUCCAAAAAAUUUUCUCUCUUCAGAGGUCAACAAGGAGAACGAGGCCGUGCUGGAGGUCAAGGUCCAGUUGGCGGACCCGGGCCCGACGGUCGGACCGGCUUGCCAGGUCCACCUGGGUUCCCAGGAAGAGCUGGAGCCCCGGGAAUUCGUGGAAUCGAAGGCCCACAAGGCCCUCCUGGCGAUACCGCAGUUGCCGGCGUUGGGAUCAAAGGAGUUCGUGGCCCGCCCGGUCCAGCCGGACCGAAAGGCCCUCCGGGCACGUUCGGGCGUCCCUCCAAAGAGGCGGGAGUUCCGGGCCAGCCCGGGCCGAUGGGACCGCCCGGACCGGGCGGAAAUCCCGGUCUACCCGGGAUGGAGGGAUCGUUCGGGCCUCCCGGGGAACCGGGACAACCUGCGGCGUAUUGUGCGUCCGACUGCGGAGUCACGCAUAUUCUGGGCGCUCAGCUGGACAAGAUCUCCGGCCCAAGUCAAUACGGAGGAUACAAUCGAGGGAACAGUGGCGGAAAUGGAUAUGCCCCCAGUCAGUACUGGUUCUUGUAA